UCUUCACCACCUUGCGCUCACAGAACUAGUAACAUUUACUAGCAUUUACUUUAUCAUUUGGUAUUUUGUGCACACCAAAAACCACUUUCAUCUUCUCAUGAUGGCAAAAUCAUUAUGUCUGAGGUCCCACACAUGCUUUGACACACAGACAGUUUUCACCAAAGAUUCUAGAGUGGAGCUUUGUUUUUCUCUGCAGCAUUUGCGUGAACGACAACAAAACCCAUUGUUCUGCCACUCUACUUAGCAACCCUCCAGAGGGGACACUAUGGCAACUUACAAAACUUAAUUUCUAUAGAUCAAGCCAGACGGCUAAAGUGCAACAGAGUAGGUAAGACCAUUUAGAGUGUGCAAAGGGCAAAUGUGACAAGAACGUGUUUGUUUGGAUUUGUUGAGCUGACAAUCGGUUGAGGUGAACUGUCUACUUCUGUGGUAAAUGACUUGGGUGAGUAUUCUUAAGAUAAAAUAAAUUAUAUAAACUAAUUAUCAUAUCAAUGCAACUAUCAUUUUUUCUGCCAUGUUGUGAAAUAUCACACAUUCACUUUGUACUACAUAAAGUCACAACUCAGAUCGGGUAGUUAAUGAAAUGAAAAUGAUGUCCAUGCUGUGUGACUUGAUACUGGCCCCAACAAAGAAACGGUCUCUGUCAGCAGUAAGCAGCACGACGCACUUGUUCAACCCACUCCUUAACAGAAUAACUUGUUAAGCAUUAUUCAUGUUUCAUGAAUAUUAUGAACUACUGUAUGUAUGUUGCCUUAACCAUGUGAGUUAUUGCAACAGGGCCAAGUCUUCCAAUAAUCAGAUUAUUAAUGAUCAUCUAUUAACCCAAAUUGCUGACAUGUUGUUUUCAGUAUAAAAAUGCCCAGGACUCAACAAUAUGGCAUGGAGAACGCCCUGCUGUGGCUGGUCUGCUGCUCUAUCCUGACAAGAAGGAGAAGAUGGAGACCACAAGCGAGAGGGCUUUCUGUCCGAGACCUGCUGCAGAGAGGCUGCAGAGGAGAGAGAACAAGAACAUGCUUCAGUCCAGCAUCCAGCUAGAAGGUGAGCACACAUUCAGGACGACUCAUCGUGAGGAUUUCCAGGUUGAGGACUUCCAGCCGUUUUCACCUCUCGCGAUAAGGCAGAAAACGCCCAGAUGGGAGAGGAGAGGCAUGACAAAGGAGAUGGAGCAUGUCACCUUUUACCAGCAGGACUUCCCACCCCCUCAGCACACACUUCGAAAGGCAACCCCUGCGGUUCCCCACCCUGAUAAUCUUGGCAUAAACCCCUCUCUCAGGGGUGAGUUCCUAACGAUCCAAAAGGAGACUUAUGCUGGUUGGGCCAUAAUUGGGGCCAGCAGACCACACCAGAGGCCCAUGCUCAGUCCUAGCACUCCACCUCCUGGUGGACAUGAGGUCUUCUUGAAACCGUAGUCCAAGACAUCAACUAAGACAACAGAGAAUAUUCCACACACAGGCUCAAAGGCGCCAGAGA